CCGUUAAGCGAAAGCUUCUUCAAUUCCGUCCUCAACCAUUUGAACCACUUGAGCUUUUGUUAAAUUCCAUAAAUUCUGUAGGUCAAGAAGUCAGCACAAGUUUUAAGUUGUAUAAAUUUGUCCUAGAGAUUUUAUACGAAUGUUGGAUGUUACGAAGGAAGAUGUCAUCGAACUACUUAGUUUCAUGUUGGACGCUGAUUUUAACGAACAACUAUUGAAGUGUUACCCAAAGGAAAUAUAUAAAAUAAACGAUAUCUGCAACACACUAACAUUUGAGGACUGUCCUGCUGAAAUUUUGGAGAACAUGAACGGUUAUAUGUGUGGACAUUACCCACCACUCAUUGCUAUUCCCCGUACUCGACAUUUAUCUUCAUCAUUGGCCGAUUUAGGUCAGCUUAUGCUUCAGUCAAAGUUUGCUCGCUGCCGAACAAGAUUUGUUGUCCCUUCCUUUUCUUUUAAACAUAAGAAUAUAUGCCGGUGUAGUACUUUAAGCGGCCCAUUAGAGUUUUAUGGUCGUCAAGUUGCUACAGCUGCAGGUUUUACUUUUGAUGGACAUGUCAGUAACUCUUCAGGAGGAGAGCUUCCAGAUACAAGUUUUGAGACAGAAAACGGACGUCAGAGUUUGGAAAAAUUACGUGAUGAUGAUUGUGAAUUAAUUCGUCGUUUAAAUGUCACCUAUAUUUGUGAUUUUAUGUUGGAGUACAGAAAGAUAAAAUGUUGGGUUCCAAUUAGUUCAUCAGAAAAGGUGGACCAACAAGGACGCUAUAAUGAUUUCGUAGUCAUACCUCUCCCUUAUCCUGGCAGCGAAUUUUUCCGUAUAUGGCGUGAUUCUGGUUAUACUAUGCAUCAUGUAUACUUUGACUGGAAUCGGUCAGGAGUUGAAGUGUCUGUCAAUCCAAACCUUAUACCAAAAACUCUGUUAUCUAGCUCAGUAGAAUGGAGCUUGUACAAGUCCUGGGAUAUUUAUACAAUCACUGUGAACUACAUGAAGUUGCUUCUUGGCUUACUCUACGAAGGUGCUGGAGGUUUACUAUUACAUUGUGUUUCUGGAUGGGAUCGUACACCGCUGUUUAUUUGUCUACUUCGUUGUUUACUUUGGGCUGAUGAUUUAAUGCAUUGUAGUUUAACACCUAUUCAAAUGUUAUAUCUUACUCUUGGAUAUGAUUGGUUCUUGUUUGGUCAUAAAUUGAAAACACGUAUGGAAUUGGGUGAAGAAAUACUCCGAUUUACUUUUCAAUUUAUCGGUGAAAUGGCUAAAUGUACAGAAUUAUCACUUCGCAGAGUCUAUGAUAUUCACGUUACCGAUGGGUCUAAAAGUUCAGAUUCGGAUGAUUCUUCGUUUAUUGAUUUACGUUCCAGUGAUGAUUUACAACCCUUAAGGCAAUCAAGAUUGGAAGAACUAUCAAAUUUAUUCUUUGAAUUUUGGAAUGAAGAAAUUAAAAGACGUGAAGUUCAAUCUACUAUCAACAGUAUUGGACCCAUUACCAACGAAUCUGUUGUUGCGGAUAAAAAUACUCAGUUGAUAUCGAAUUCUAAAGAACAAUCAACUUUUAACAAUGAUGAUGAACCAUCAACAGGUCAUGAAAACUAUGCAUGUAGAAAUAGCAAUAAACCCUCUGAAAAUCAAAAUUCCAUUGUUUUUCAAAAUAGGAUUGAACUCGAUCUCGAUUACAGCUUCUAAUAACAACUAUUGAUAUUUCCUAUCUGAGCAAGUCACUAGUAGUUAUAAAUAAGUCGCCUACUACAUAAUUCAGGUAAACUUUAAUUUGCCAUUAGAAAGUUGUGGUUUAUAGUUCGUUUUUUCUUCUAGUAAUCUCUAUCUCUUUGAUUCCUUAUAUAAUUGCAGUAAUUAACAACUAUAUUCAAAUUAAUUCAUUUUCAUGUCAAUAAAGUCUCAUUUUUCGCGUGGUGAUUUUCUUUGUUUUUGGUUAAGAUAAAGAGAUUGAAAUCUAUUUCUCACCCCAUAACCCAAUAUUCCCUUGAAAUCUGUGCGCAAACAAAUAAAUAAAUUGUGUUCAGUAGUCCUUUUACGCUCAAAAGCAUUUUUUUCAAUAAUAAUAUGAUGAUUUGGUGCCAGAUGAAAGCUCGGCAUAUAUUAAGAAGGCUCGAUUGGAUCUUGCCAACUCGUGCUGUAGGAGAAAUAUGAGUCUUCAGUACAAAAAACGAGCUUACUGGGCAGCAGUUCGCUCCCUUCUAUUUUAUGAGUGUGAAACAUAGCCAUUAGACGUAGAGCAUGUUCGUAGGUUACUAGCAUUCGAUCAUAGAUGUCUUCAAAGCAUUACUCGUGUAUUUUAGGACCACUGAGUAAGAAAUGUCUGGUUGAGGGACAUUAGUAAUUACUAGGCAAUGAUGGCGAAUCGAUUGAAGAGGUGGUAAAUCUUCAUCAAAUGAAGUUGUUCGGACAGGUGUGACGUAUGUCCAACUACCGCUUAUCUCGAUGGGCGACGUUUUCUGAUGUAGUGGUAGGAUGGAAGGAAGCUAGGGUGAUCAUACCAAAACUUGAGAUCAGUCCAUCAAGUCGUUGACAAUUGGACUGAGAUAUGUUGAUAGUUGUAUACUACAUGGUUGAGAUCCGCGUGAGUAUUGUAGCCAGUGGUUAGAGACUGAAUGACACAGCUCAAAAUUGUUUGGAACGGCUCAGGUGCAUCUGUUCUUCCAAAUCUCCUAUAGAUUUCUUUGAUUAUAUUGCACUACCUUAUAUGUUCUUGAAUCGUACGUUCGAUGCCUAAUCAUUUCUGUUAUCAUUAGAGCUGUUACUACCUCUAGUAGUCUUGGAUUUGCCCUGACUAAAUUAUCUCUGUGUUAAUGGGUUAUAUGCACUUGAACCGAUGUACAAACAUACAUAUGAGGUUUUACUUUAUGAAUAACGUAUCCUUAACAAGAAAUUUGUGCUACUCAUAUGGAACUAUUUCAUUCACUGGGAACAGUCUGUAAUAUUAAUCUUAAUGUAUUUAUCUCCGAAUAAAUCUGUUUUGGAAUUUAUUCCUCUGUUAACAGAUGGGAUCGUUGUUCACCUCUCUGUUAGCUUCUAAUAUAUUUCCACAUAUGAUUUCACCAAAACUUUUUGUUACAGUUAUUAAUGAUUAUGAAGGUCCUUUAUCUCCUUAACCUAUUUUUAUUUAUUACUUUAAUUUUGUUACGAUGAAAGCUAUAAUAAUAUAUAUGUUCAUUUAAUAAAUUACUGAUUUUCUUCUGCAAAAUCGACAUUUAAAAAAAAUUCUACAUUCAUAUCUGAUACGUGUUUGCAUGUACACGUAGCCAUAAUUUCUUAAUACUAUCUCUUAAUGUUAGUUAAUCUGAUCUGUCUUCUUAGAUCUAGUAACUUUCUUAAGUUGAUUGAUUCCAUCAUCAUUACUAAACAUUAUCGUUUUUUUAAUUCAUCGAGAUUCUUUUUAAUUUCUAAAAGUUAAUAACACAUUUAUUGAAACACCAUUAAAAAUCAUGAAAUAUUGAACUACUGUAUUGGAAUUCUGAAACGAUCCAAGUUAGACCAUCGUUGAAAACCUGGAAGCACUAGACGACUGUUUCGUUCUAGUAUGCGUUUCUUCGACAACACUCAUCCACGAGCCUGCAUACUGGAAUCGAAACCAGGAUUUUCGGCCUCACAUGUGAACGCUUAACCUUUAAACCAUUGACUCAGCAUCCGACGGCGUUAGUACUAAACGUCGAUCAACCUAGAGGUUAAGCGUUCGCAUGUAAAAAAAGCAUGUCUUGGUCCCGAUUUCCGCAUCCAGGUUUGCAGCUGCGCAAUCCUUAGGAGCCCAAUACUAGACCAAAAUGGCCGUCCAGCGUGUUCAGUUUUACAAUGGUUGUCUAACUUUAAUCGGUCAAUGAUUUCAAAAAAAUUCAACAGUCUCCGAAAUACCAUACUAACUCAAUUGUUGUUAAGUUUUCUAUAAGCAAUACUAGGAUACUAACAUCUGUAAAUGAUAACGACAAAAACUACUGAGUAAUCACAUUUUGUUAUAACUAGGAUUUUCCAGUAUUAACUAUUAUCUUAACAACCGUUGUUAUAAUGUAAGUCUUUGCAAAUAUAAUUCAGUUGUUUUGUACACCACUUUAUUAUUCAAAAAUCCAUUAAUUUUGAACCACUUUUGAAGAAUUCCCAGUUAAGCUGGACAGCAAACAUGUUUAAUAUAUUUUCUUGGUUUUUUAUUUUUAACGAUCCUUCAAUUAAUACUACUUUGAGAUGAUAAAAUGUAAUAACGAUAAUCUUGAAACGGUUGUUCAAAAUUCAUAAUGAUGAUUUCUACAAAUCCUAACUUGUUAGCUUACAUCUAUCUGAAUUUUGUUUAUCAAUUUCGCUUCAGAUAUCAAAUGCUUUAAAUUCAGCCGUAUCAGUGGUUACCUCAAAUUUUGUCACACCAUUAUUAUCAUCCUCGUCGUCCUCGUCAGUAGCACCAUCAUCAUCAGUAUCAUCUUCAAACUCAAUCAGAACAGUAAAUGAGAGUAUCGGAGAUCCCCCUACUACCACAUGAACCACUAUUCUUUCUUUGUUUGAUUUUUUCAUUGUAACAUCUUAUUUUGUUGUUAUUUUAUUCUUUUUUUAUGAUCAAUAUGUCGUAGUAGAAUUAACAAUACAAUAAGUUUAAUGAGCAAAAAAUGUCCGUUUAUCUUUUUAAUUUCUUCAAGAUCAUCAAAUAAUUAACUCUAUCAAUUCUACAUAUUUAAAUUGAAAUAUUUAAUAUAUUAUAACAUUGAUAUAAUGAAUUGUCUUUUUUGUGUGUAUCCUUUACCUUCAAACAGUAAUGAUGAUAAUUGUUAUUUGUUUGACCGACUGCUUUAGUUAAUUCAUUCCAUUCAGUUUUUUUAAUGAAGAUUCCCAUUAUUACUUACAUAUAGAUAAUUGUUUUCUAUUGAAUUAAAAAUAUAUAUUACAUCAGUACAUAGAAUACAAUUUUCUUAUUGCUGGUAUUGUAGAUCGUGAAUUUUCUUUUUCUCAACUUUCUCACACCGUUGUUGUUGUGCUACUUAUAUCAACAUAAGUAGUAUAUGUCGUGGUCAGGAUUAGAAUAUCUGGCAGCAGAAGAUUGAUAGGAUCCAGAAAGGAAGAACAGAAACAGAAAGCAAUUAGUAUGGGGAUGAAGGAACAGUAAAGUCUGAGACAACUGAUUGACAUUUAAAAAGGAGCAGUCAAGUUUGAUUAAUAUUUUGCAAAUUAAGUAUUUACUGUUUGAUUCUCAGAUUUUACCAAGAUGUUCUGUAAUUUUUGUGUUGAAAUGCAUCCGAUUGUUUCCACUGAUGUUUGUGUUCACCACAGUGUUGCUGUUAUUUUAUUCAGGAAUUGGUUAUGCUAUUUGUCAAGUUGUAGUAUACUUGGACGGUACCGUGGAUCAAUAUUCCAUUGUUUUUUUUAUCUUUCUGAUAUUUUAUGGUGGCAGAUAUUUCGAAAUCCGGUCAAAGUAAUACUUGUAGUAGACCCCUACUGAAGAUGAUAUAUAAAGUGUUCUUGAAACCUCUUUUAAUGAUGAGUCAAUCUUUAAAACCAGUUGAACGAAAAACAGUAAGGAUGGACAAUUCAUAUCGAAAAUACUGUCGAUAAAAUAUUAAUGUCAAGAAUUAAGACUAUGAAUACUUAUCUAAGUAAUUAGUGAUAUGGAAUACGAAAACGUGUUCGUAGUACUCAAUGUCUGAACUAAAAUGCUUUUAAAAAUUAGAUCAUUAAAAUAGUCCAAGACUUCUUGGUCCAGAAUUUCC